GUCUGCACACUGUGCAGCGUUUGGCUGGCCCUGCAUUAUACUAUCAAAUAUUUACGGAGCCAUAUAGCCCAGUCGUGGCUACAAAAUUUCAAUUUUUGCUUGCCAUUACUAUGUCUGUUUAGUGGCACAGCGGAAAAAAAAAACAAGAUGCGUUGCGAAUCUCUGAAAAGCCGAAUGAUUAAGCGUGAAGCCUUGUGUCGUGAGUCAUAGGAAACCAUUAAACAAUAUAUUUCAGAUGGCAGUUAUUAUACCAAUUAACGACGCAAACGGACAUCCAUGCCACAUAGUAAAAACGAGCUAAACAGAGCUGACGUCUCUAUUCAUAUUACUGACCACAAGGAGGUAUAUAAACUGUUUAUAUAGGUCGUUGACUGACCAUGUUUAUUCGUUUCAGACGUUGGCUAUGCUUGCUUGUUUUGAUUCCCAAUGCGUGGGCGUAACCAAGGAGAAAAGCAGAGAACAGUUGAACGUAGCAUAGCGGUAAUGAGUUUUGUGAAUUAAUCGAAACAAAUGGAGUUUUGUUUAUGUCUCGUGCUGGUGGGCCGAUGUCGCUAGUUGUUUGUGCGUGGGCUAGGUGUGGUUUAAAGUAUAUAUUGCAAUAACAUAUUUAAUGGUGCGAAACUCCUACAAGUGCUUCACAACAGACGGAGACGUGAAGAAAAUGCUAAGCCUAUCGUUUGUUUGAGAAUAUUUUAUGGCUUAGAUGCGUGUAUGGCUGUGCUCGGUAAAAUUCAAAAUUAAAUAGUGAUUUUUACACGUCUACUGGCAAUUUGUAGUUACAGCAGUUACGUGAACUGAUGUGAAUCCGAGAGUGAUUAAUCAUAUCAGCCUAAUUAAUGUGUGUGUGUUCGUAUUGCUGUAUGUGCGGUUUUUUCGGCCCUCUGUUGUUUUCCAGCAGUGCCUGGGAACACGAACCGACUCCAAGAACAUGAUGCCCGAGAAUUCCGAUCGUCGGCCGAUGUGCCACUUUCUAGUAUUGCUAUGAAGGAAGAACCUCUGAACUUUUUCUCGCCGGUUGACGAGGUCCCAUGGAAGCACAGGAGAAUGUGUCCCAUAGCAUUAUACUACUCCUACCAGCCUGCAUCUGUGGCACGCUGCGUGCGUCGAGCCGCCUUUCACCUCGGUGACGGCAUCUGUGGAGACGACUGUCAAACCAGUGCAGCAAAAAUAUGUUUGAGUUUGUGGCUGUCAAACAGGAAUGGGUUGAAGAUGAUGUGAAGAAUGAUGACUGGGAUGAAGCUCAGGGGCCUGAGAAUGCAGCUGUAAAGGAAGAUGAGAUUCACGCCAAAACACUGCCAUCUGAGUGGCGCGUAUUGGAGGAACCUGAAUCGGCAGAUACAGCAAUGGGCAAUGCAAGGUUUAUCCCACAAGGCCAGGGUGGUUGUACUACUGGCAAGUGUGCCACCAUACACACCAGAACUGACGAGAUACAGUGUAGUGACAGCAAUCGCAGUGGCAGCUGGAAAGAAUGUGACAGGAAUGGAAGGAAUACACACGUACUCUCAGGACAGGUAGUGGACUCAGAGAGGCAGAAUACCCUUAAAGACAGCUAUUCCACUACAAGUACUGUGUUAAGUGACGCAUUCUGCAAGGACGCCUCUGACGCAAAUUCGAACUGCUACCAGGUAAAUGACAGUUGCGAGAGGCUGUCCCCCUCGAAGAAUGGCAGUGUCGCUGGGCAGCCAUCGCUUUCGCCUGGCGAACGGGACGUCUUCACAUGCGACAUCUGCCGGGAAGUGUUUGUCGACAAGAGGAUCUUGAGGACCCACGUGCAACAGCACCUGCUGAAAUGUGACAUCUGCCACAAGACCUGCCGCGACGCCAACGGCCUCGAGGUGCACUACCGAACACACACGGGCGAGCGACCUUACUGCUGUGACACCUGCGGCCAGACGUUCUCGCGCAGCGAUCAGCUGAGGCUACACUUGCUGCAGCACACAGGCGAGCGUCCCUACCGCUGCGAUACCUGCGGUAAAACAUUCUUGCGCAGUGAUAACCUCAGGCAGCACACGCUUCAGCACACGGGCGAGCAGCCCUACCGCUGCGACAUCUGUGGCAAGGCGUUCUCGCGCAGCAAUAAUCUGAGGCAGCACUCGCUGCAGCACACGGGUGAGCGGCCUCACGAGUGCGGCGUAUGCCACAAGAGGUUCACCAACGGCAGCAACCUGGCGCAGCACUCGCGCGUCCACACGGGUGAGCGGCCCUACCGCUGCGACUACUGCGGUAGGUCGUUCACACAGAGCAGGAACCUGAAGGUACACCUCCGUAUGCACACGGGUGAGAGGCCAUACCGCUGCGACACCUGCGGAAAGUCGUUUACGCGAAGUAGAAGUGUGAAAGUACACCACCACCCGCACACGGGUGAGUGGCUGUACGCCUGCAACGCGUGUGGCAAGGCGUUUGUCUGUGGCGAUACCGCGCAAAAACCUGGGCGCGUCCAAAUGCGAGAGGAGUCCUGAAACUGCACUGUCUUCGAGAAGUGCUUUGCACGGAGGACGAGUCUGAAUCGGUAUUCGUGCCUCCGUACUAUCAGAAAUACCAACAGAGAUUCCAGAAUGAGAGUUUCACUCUGCAGCGGAGUGUGCGCUGAUAUGAAACUUCCUGCCAAAUUAAAACUGUGUGCCAGACUGAGACUCGGAACUCGGGACCUUUGCAUUUCGCAGGCAAGUGCUCUACCAAAUGAGCUAUCCGAGCACGACUCGCGUCCCGUCCCCACAGCUUUACUUCUACCAGUAACCUCGUCUCCUACCUUCCUACGCCACGGGGCGUGAGUCGUGCUUGGGUAGCUCAGUGGUAGAGCACUUGCCUGCAAAAUGCAAAGGUCCCGAGUUUGAGUCUUGGUCUGGCACACAGUUUUAAUCUGCCAGGAAGUUUCACCACCAGAGCUAUCAUACCGACAGAGUGAAGAUGAGUUUUAUAAACUUGCCAUGCAUCUUACAAUUUCACACUGAAACAUCCCCAUUCUAAUUAUUACUGUUGUAAGAGGUAUUCCAUUAUAAAAUGAAAUUGCACAAAAUUAAUUAUUUCCAGCAGCUUCAGGUAGAAUGUGAAUUUUUUUUAGAACGUAAUGUGUCACAUUUUUAUCAAAAGUACGUAACUUGUAUGGUUCAAAUGGCUCUGAGCACUAUGGGACUUUAACUGCUGAGGUCAUCAGUCCGCUAGAACUUAGAACUACUUAAACCUAACUAACCUAAGGACAGCACACACAUGCAUCCUGAGGCAGGAUUCGAACCUGCGACCGUAGUGGUCGUGCGGUUCCAAACUGUAGUGCCUAGAACCACUCGGCCACUCCGGCCGGCUACCUUGUAUGUUCAGUCCUCUUAUAAUAUUAGUUGUCUCAUCUGCUUACUACUGAAAACAAAAGUAAAGAGUGCUGUCUAUUUUGAGUAUUACAGCAUCUACUUUUGUGUUGUAUAACUGGAUAAUUGUUAAAUAAAUCUCAAGUAGCACUUAAAAAUUCACUUCCACAUUUAUUGCUUUUAACUUCCACGAAACGCUAUUCACAUUAGUGUUUUGUCGUAAAUACCUGAACUGAACUGCCAGUACUUUUGCUGGCCUGCAGUGUACACUGGUGGCAGGUACGUACAGAUUACUCAUUUGGCAGAGGCAACCACCUAAGCGUAAAUAUAGUUUGAACGAUAUAAACCAGUACAUUCAUUACUGACUGUAAAAUUUUUAUUGAUUUACAAUUAAAUCAACUUGUAAAAAUGACGUGGUGCCCAUGAUAAAAUAUAAUUUCAAAUUCUGUACUUAAAUUUAAUACAUGU